CGUCGGUCCCCGCCUCCCUCCGUGCUCGCGGAGCCCGUCUCGCCGUGUCCCUCGGCGGGAGCCGUCGCGGGCGGGCUCGUUGCGAUGUCGCUGUGGCUGCGGCGGGGCCGCGGCCCGGAGCGCUGGGCGGCCGAGCGGCGGGAGCUGCAGGAGCGCAGCCGGCAGCAGUGGGAGAGCACCAGCCGCGCCUUCGCCCGCGCCGCCGCCGCCUGCUCCCUGCAGGCGCGGUGGAGCCAGCCCCGCGUCCCCCCGCCCAGCGCGGAGGCGGCGCGGCGGGACGCGGAGGAGGCGGCGGCGCGGCUGGAGCGGCGGCGGGAGCGGCUGCGGCGGCUGCUGGGCGAGGAGCGGGAGGCGCUGGCGGCGGAGCUGCGGGAGCGGCGGCAGCGGGGCGGGAUGCGGAGCCAGGAGCUGCGGGACGGGCCCGGAGAGAGCGGGAGGAAGUUUGCUGAGCCGCCGCUGCAGGAGCACUGGAACAAAAACAACGCGGAGCUCCGAGAGGCAGAGUCUGAGCUGCACAAGAAGCACGUGGGGAAGGCUUGGGGUGAUCAGCUAACACAACAAAACAAGGAAGAGGUGACCAAACUUGAAGAGAAAAAACGUUAUGAAAACGAGUAUGAAACGGCACGAGGGGAAGCGCUGGAAAGAACAAGCCAAGAGGAAGAGAAGCCUCAGCUGGAGAAAACCUUGCUUCAGCAGAUAGAGGAACUGAAACUGCAGGAGACAAAGGCAACAAAGCUGAAAAAGGAACAAGAGAAUUUAUUAAAGCAGCAGUGGGAGCUGGAGAAUUUGGAAGAAGAAAGGAAACGAAUGGAAGAGCAGCGAAGGAAGAGCGAGCUUGGUCGCUUUCUGAAGCAUCAGUGUGACGUCCAGCUAAGGAGACGAGCGCAGCAGGUACAGGAGGAGCUGGAGGCAGACAGGCAAAUCUUAUCAGCCCUCCUGGAGAAAGAGGAGGAGGAUCAGAGCUGGCAGAGCCCACGGCGGGGACGGGCGGUGGCAGACGUGGCCUGGAUGAAGAAGGUCAUUGAGGAACAGCUCCAGCUGGAAAAGGAGAGGGAAGCAGAGCUUGAGACUAUCUUCAGGGAAGAAGCAAAAAAAAUAUGGGAGAAGAGGGAAGAAGAAUGGGAAAGAGAGAAGGGGGCCAGAGAUCGCCUGAUGAGUGAGGUCCUUGCAGGCAGGCAGCGCCAGAUCCAAGAGAAGAUGGAGCUAAACAGGAGGGCCCAAGCAGAAUCCAUUAAAUAUCGAGAGCAGCUGAUCAGAGAACUCGAGGAGGCCAAGGAAGGGACUCGUCGGGACAAGGAGCAGGAGGAGCAGCAGCAGAGAGCCCACAGGAGGGAGCUGCAGGCACAGGGCACAGAGCACAGCUUGGGACAGGAGGAGCAGCAGCAGCAGGGAUCAGCCCAGCAGCACCUGGAGGCCAAGCAGGGCUGGCACAGCAGGUUCUACAGUUACCCAAGAGCAGCCUGGACCUGAGGAAUGAGCAUGAGAUGCAGCUCCAGACUACAGAGAGAAAACUCUGAGGACUCAAGGAACUCCUGAAAUAAUGGUGCUUCUGGAAUAGCCUACAGUGAGAUCAAGACUUGACUCAGUAGAUUUCUGAAAACAUUAGUUGUGGCCAAAAUGAAGAGAAGUGAAGAAGUGAACUGCUUCACUUUGCAUUCUGGAGUUCUGCUCAUGUAUUUCAGUACAUGAGAGGCUGAAGCAACCCAGCAAAUUCAAGGGCCCUGUGGACCUGAGCCACCAAAGAAUCUGUGUCUCCCCAGGAAGAAGAGCUGUGGGGCUGUGCCAGACUCCCACUUUGCAGAAUCAGGCUGUGCCUGGGUACUCAUUGGACUGUGAGGAGUUAAUUAAUAAUGUACGUUGCUAAUCAGCCAGAUCAUGUGUGCUGGGGCAGCAGUGCUUGUCCACUUCCUCUCCAGAAGGUGCUGGAGACUUAACCAUUGUUUUUCACUUGUUUCAUAAAUAAUGAAUAAUUGAAACCUGAACAAGGAUUUGGUUUUGUUACAUGAGCAAACUACAGCAGGAACAGGAGAGGAGAUUGAGUUGAUUAUUGCAGUUCAUUCCUUGCUCUUACCAUCCACAACUGCAGACUGACAUCAGUCCUGUCACAGUGCACAAGGAGCUGUUACAAAAACUGGCAGCAUUUUCCCCAAGAGUAGAAACCUUUCCAGAGAUCUUUAGA